GGAAAUAAGAGUGGCUGAUUCUGCGGCAGGACAGGGAUGGGGGUGCGGCACUGAUCCACCCAGAAUGGGAGAGUGGAGGGAUCUUAACUCCUAGAGCCAGAGCUUGGAGGAGGGUGUGAGGCGGUGAGUUAGACUCAACAACUAAUGGGUAAGACCAGGGUUCCUGGGUCUGGCCCCAAAACACCUAAGAAACUGGGAAAAGGCUGGGGUGCUAGAGCUGGCAGUGGGACCCAGCAGAGGGGACAGUGGGGGCAGCCAACCAGCCAUUCUCGGGUAAAUGCUGAAAGGCGCUGAGCGUGCGGAAGAGGGCAUCAUGGAGGGGCCCUGGGGCUGGCUGGUGGUCUGUGUGCUGGCCUUGUCGCUGGCCUCUACGGUGACCCAGGAUGUGUGCCGAGCACCAAACGGGAAGGACGGGGUGGCAGGAAGACCCGGCAGACCGGGGCGGCCAGGCCUCAAGGGGGAGCAAGGGGAGCCGGGGGCCCCUGGCAUCCGGACAGGCAUCCGAGGCCUUAAAGGAGACCAGGGAGAACCCGGGCCCCCUGGAAACCCCGGCAAGGUGGGCUACCCAGGGCCCAGCGGCCCCCUCGGGACCCGCGGCAUGCAGGGAAUUAAAGGCAUCAAGGGCAAUCCAGGAAACAUCAGAGACCAGCCGCGGCCGGCCUUCUCGGCCAUUAGGUGGAACCCACCGAUGGGAGGCAACGUGGUCAUCUUCGACAAGGUCCUCACCAACCAGGAGGGCCCGUACCAGAACAACUCGGGCCGCUUCGUCUGUGCUGUGCCCGGCUACUAUUACUUCACCUUCCAGGUGGUGUCCAAGUGGGACAUCUGCCUGUUCAUCGUAUCCUCCUCCAGGGGCCAGGUCCGACGCUCCCUGGGCUUCUGUGACGCCAACAGCAAGGGGAUCUUCCAGGUGGUGUCGGGGGGCACGGUGCUUCAUCUGCAGCAGGGUGACCAGGUCUGGGUCGAAAAAGAUCCCAGUAAGGGCCGCAUUUACCAGGGCUCCGAGGCUGACAGCGUCUUCAGCGGCUUCCUCAUCUUCCCGUCUGCCUGAGCCGGGGAAGGACCACCCCCCCACACCCCGCCACCGCUCUGGCUUCCAUGCUCUGCUCUGUAAAAUGGGGGUGCUGUUGCUUUAGCUGCUGAAGGGAGGGGGCUGGCUCUGAGAGCCCCAGGACUUGCUGCCCCAUGACACGGGCUCUAAGAAGCUCAUUUCUUAGAACUCUUUCUGGAAUAAACAUCUGUGUCUGUGUCUGCUGGA